AUGUCGCAGGCUACUACAUUGUCUUCGAACAUAGCCGAUGUGACCGCUGCGCCGGCUAAUCUCGCCGUUGCACCUAGUUCCAGUGCCGCAGCCAAUCACACCGCGGCAAUGAGUUAUCCCGUUGCAUCCAAUUCGAUCGCUCCGGGCAACAAUUUGCUGAUACUGGAAACGUGUGCCGCUAACAGUGCAGCUGCCCCACAACAAGCCUCGAUGGCGCACCGCGAAAACCUGAAUGCUGGUAUUCUAUAUGGAACUCCCUCCGCGCCUAAUACAGCGCACACCAUGCCAUCCGGUCGACUACUGCUCCAGAGAAACCCGCCGAUUAGCCCCGCUCACUCCAUUAACUCUGUUGGCUCGCAAGGGCUUCGCCGUCGAGCUGAGUUUAUACAGGAGCGAAGCGAAAUUUUACGUCAGAGGGAGGCUUUGUUAAGAGAGGAGCAUAGUUUUUUGGAUCGCAUAGAUGCGAUGGGCUUUAACGAUGACCUAGAUGAUGGACAAUGCACUGUACCUAGGUUUUCAACUUCCGCGCAUGAUUCAGAUCCACAUUCAACGCAAAUUAUACAGCCACCUGCAAAUUUUAUUACACCUUUCAACAUAGCUGCUUCCGGUGCCAAUAAUUUCACCAAUACCGGCUCUGCCCCGCACGAUGUCAAUUUGAUAAGUGGAUCAAAUGCCCCGCAGCCAGGAGGGGGUCUAACAGCAUCUGUUCUUCAAGGCCUAUUAGACAGAAUACAGUCACUCGAACAGCAAGUACGCACGUAUUCGACACUCAAUCGAGGAUAUUCUCCGCCACAACCGCAACCGGCACAAACUACUUUGCCAACAGCUGGACACGUUAAUAGUUUAUCUUUCGGUGCCUCGACUUCUCGACGCUUGAGUAGAGACCAGAUUGCUUCUCGUAACAGCCUUGCUAAAGAGUUGCCGAAAUAUGAUGGCAAGCCAACUGAGUGGCCGUUAUUUUAUGCCGCAUAUAACCAAUCGACUGAGGUUUGUGGAUUCUCGGACGAUGAGAAUCUUAUAAGACUGCGACAGGCAUUGGAAGGGCCAGCACGGAAUGCAGUUAAAAAUUUAUUGUUGCAUUCCUCUUGCGUGCCUCAAAUUAUUGCUACCCUUCAAAUGCGAUUUGGACGACCAGAAUUAAUUAUCAGCGUUCUACAGCGACAAAUUUAUGAGCUUCCAUCACCGUCAGAGAGUCAGCUGGAAUCGAUCGUCGACUUCGCCGUAGAAGUGCAGAACAUCUGCGCAACAAUGUCUGCGUCAGGCCUGACCAGCCAUUUGAAUAAUCCCGAUCUCGAACAGAAGCUGGUUUCGAAAUUGCCUGGGCUACUACCAGCUUAUUGGGGAAUGCAUAAGCAAAGUUUACCGAUCUGUAAUUUACAACAUUUCAGUGAUUGGCUUUUUCUACUAGCACAAGGCGCCAACUCUGUUAUCGUGCCAAAGGAGUCAACAAAGGUGCGCAAACGGGGCGCAAUUAAUUAUCAUUUUAAUGCGGUAAGAUGUAUCGUUUGUGAAGAAAAUUGCAGUGAUGUCUCUAAAUGUGUCUAUUUUAAGGGAUUGACACGUAGUCAAAAAUGGGGAAUUGUUCGCAAGUUGAAACUUUGUCACCGAUGCUUGAAGGGCCAUCCUACAGCCGGUUGUAAAUCGACUGCACCUUGCAAUGUUAAUAGUUGCACUCGUAAUCACCAUCCUCUGUUGCACAACGCAGAGUUAGCUGCUAAAGACGCUCCAAACAAUGGCAAGGGCGUAACUACAAUGCGGGCGGUCAACGUUAACAUGCACAAUGUGGGCCAAGGCAGUACCAUUUUCCGUGUCCUUCCCGUAGUUCUACACUCAGGCGAACGGAGUGUAUCAACAUACGCUUUCAUAGACGAUGGUUCGUCGCUCACCCUUAUCGACGAAGAGCUGCUGAAUAAGCUAAAUAUAAAGGGCACACCACAACCACUGUGCCUGCGCUGGACUGGUGAUACACAUCGGUAUGAGGACGAGUCUGUGGUUGUCGACUUAGCCAUAUCAGCUAAAAACGGUAAUAAGAAAUUCGGGCUUAAAGGCGUUCACACAGUCAAAAAGCUUGACCUGCCUCUUCAAUCGAUUAACGCUGCUAAACUGCAGUCCAAAUUUCAAUAUUUGAAAAGGUUGCCUCUGGAGUCCUAUUCAAACGCGGUACCACAACUAUUGAUUGGUUUAAACAACGCUGCGCUUGGUUCUCCAAUCAAAUCUUUAUAUGGCCGUGAAAAUGAGCCAAUAGCAGAGAAGUCCAAACUCGGAUGGACAUUGAAAGGACAAGCAUCAAGUACAAACCAUGAUGCGGCGCACCCUGUCUUUCACAUUUGCGACUGCUCCGCACAGGCUGAACUCGUUAAAAUUACUAAAUCGUACAUUUGCCUCGAUAAUUUAGGCGUGUCAGCCAAAUCUUCUGCGUUAAUGUCUAAAGAGGACGAAUUUGCUAUGGUGCAGCUACAACAACACACUGUGCGAGUUGGCAAUCGAUAUCGAACCAGCUUAUUGUGGAAGCACCCUAAAAUGCAGCUACCCAAUAGCCUACCAAUGGCCUUAUUUCGAGCGAAGUGUUUGCUGAAGAAGAUGCAACGCGACCCUAACUUGGCUGAAGUGCUUCAGCAAAAAAUUGAUGAUUAUAUUCAAAAGGGGUACGCUAGACGUAUGACACCAGUCGACAGCGCCGUUGAAAGAUACUGGUAUCUACCGGUUUUUGCAGUAAUUAACCCCAACAAACCAGGCAAGGUGCGCUUAGUCUGGGACGCAGCCGCGAAGGUUGAUGGUAUAUCCUUGAAUACCAUGUUGCUCAAAGGCCCAGACCUAACGACCCCAUUGUUGUCGGUGUUGUUUAAAUUUCGACAAAAGCGAAUUGCCAUGUCGGCCGAUAUUGCUGAGAUGUUUCACCAAGUUCAAGUCCGGGAACAAGAUCAAAAUUUCAUGCGUUUUCUUUGGUAUGAACAGAAUGCCAACGAGCCAACUACAUUCGUGAUGACUGUUAUGACCUUUGGGGCCACAUGUUCGCCCAGCUGCGCUCAAUAUGUCAAGAACAAAAAUGCAGAAGAAUUUCGUGAAGAGUUCCCUGGUGCUUCGCAGUGCAUAAUAGAAAACCACUACGUAGACGAUAUGUUAGUUAGCGUGGAUACUGAAGAAGAAGCUAUUAAGUUAGCGAGAGAUGUGCGUCACGUACAUGCGAUGGGAGGUUUUCACAUAAGAAAUUUUUUAUCGAAUUCAAGUCGUGUGCUAGCCGCCCUAAAUGGCAGCCCCACUGAUGCACUAUGCCUUGAUUUUGAGAACGAGCAGCCAACUGAGAAGGUACUAGGCAUGUGGUGGGUUACCUCUAGUGACCACUUCGCCUUUCGUGUAUCAUCCAAAUAUAAGAAUUCUGAUCUGUUACUUUCUCAGCGGCGACCUACCAAGCGCGAAGUUUUGAGCUCGGUUAUGACUAUAUACGACCCAAUUGGGCUGAUAGGUUUCUACGUUGUAUACGCCAAAGUUAUCUUGCAAGAAAUAUGGCGAGCUGGAUGCGACUGGGACGACCCAAUUCCAGAUGACCAAUUUGCGAAAUGGCUGCGGUGGAUUAAGCUUAUUCCAAAAAUAGAAAAUCUAAGGAUUCCACGUUCUUAUGCGCGAAUCACAUUUGACGAUACACCUAAAAUAGAGCUACAUACCUUUGUAGAUGCAAGCGAAAGUAGCUAUGCAGCUGUAUGCUACCUACGAUACUCACAUGGUAAUUCAAUCGACUGUAUGAUGAUCGCCAGUAAAACCAGAGUGGCUCCGCUUAAAUUAUUAUCCAUACCUCGCCUGGAAUUAAAGGCAGCACUGUUGGGAGCUCGCCUUGCUAAGCAUAUCAUCGAGUCGCAUUCUAUCCACCUUGAUAGCUCCGUAUACUGGUCAGAUUCACGAACGGUAUUAGCCUGGCUGUAUGCUGAUCAUCGCCGCUACAAACAGUUUGUGGCUUUCCGAGUUAGUGAAAUUCUAGAACUUACCGACGUCAGUGAGUGGCGCUGGGUUCCGACUGCAGCAAACGUUGCUGACGAAGCCACCAAAUGGAACGGUGAUCCAGAUUUUUCUAACGAUAGCCGAUGGUUUAGUGGGCCAUCCUUUUUAUAUCUUCCGUGUGACGAAUGGCCCGUGUCUAACGGACCACAAAGUAUUUCAACAGAAGAACUCCGUCCUCAGUUUAUUGGAGCUCAUUGUAUAGUUUCAGAACAACUUCUUAUGGUGCCCAAACCUGAGAGAUUUUCUACAUGGGACCGUUUCCUUCGAACCACCGCCACGACCUUGUACUGCGCUCGUAUUUGGUUAAGCGUAGUGCGAGACAAUCAAGUCUUACGUGGCGUUGUCACUACCGACGAUUUUCGUAAGGCAGAAAACUUUCUUUGGAGGAAAGCCCAGCAAGACAUUUUCAAUGAUUCGAUAACAUCUUUAUCGGUUGGGAAGGCCGUUGACAAAUCUAGCAAAAUAUUCAAAUUAUCACCCUAUCUGGAUGCCGAUGGUGUUUUGCGAAUAGAUGGCCGAGUUAAAAUAAUAGGGCGCACGGACCAAGUUUUGCUGCCUAACAAACAUCACAUUACGAACUUAAUUAGAAAUCACUUUCAUGUCAAAUAUCAUCAUGUGAACUCGGAGACAGUGGUCAACGAAAUUCGGCAACACUUUUGGAUUUUAAAACUUCGCAUCGCAGUUAAUCGAAUUCGACGCAGCUGUCAGGUAUGCAAAAACAGAAGCGCUCAACCACGUCCACCUAGAAUGGCUUGCUUACCUACAGCCCGCAUCGCACAAUUUUGUCGUCCAUUUUCCUAUGUAGGGGUUGACUACUUUGGCCCACUUCUGGUCACGGUUAAAAGGAGCACCGAAAAGAGAUAUGGGGUAUUAUUCACCUGUCUGACAACCAGAGCGGUGCAUCUCGAAGUGGCAUAUUCGCUUUCUACAGACUCCUGCAUUUUGGCCGUACGUAAUUUUAUGGCGCGUAGAGGGAGCCCAUUGGAGAUAUGGAGUGACAACGGUACAAAUUUCAAAGGCGCUGAGAGGGAACUGAAAUCUGCGUUUACGAUCGUAGACCAAAAUCGAUUGACGAGAACCUUCACUUCGGCCGCAACCAACUGGCAUUUCAUACCACCCGCGUCUCCACACAUGGGCGGAGCAUGGGAGCGGCUAGUUCGCUCAGUCAAGGACGUCCUACAACAUAUAUUGACAUCUAACUGUCCAAAUGACGAGAUUCUUCGUGCUGCUUUAAUGGAGGUGGAGAUGACAGUUAACUCGCGACCGUUGACUUAUAUUCCUAUUGACCACGAAGAAGAAGAGGCACUAACACCCAACCACUUCCUAUUAGGCAGCUCCAAUGGUGUUAAGCCGAUUGCAGAACCAGUUACUGAGGACGUCCUAAUGCGUCGUAACUGGCGAACAUCACAAAACCUUGCGGACGCGUUCUGGCGACGUUGGCUCACCGAAUAUUUGCCCACCAUCACUAGGAGAACUAAAUGGUUCGAAGACGUAAAAACAAUAAAAGUCGGAGAUAUUGCAUACAUAGUUGAUCCAAACAACCCAAGGAACUCUUGGCCCAAGGGUAAGGUAAUUGGCGUGCGAACGAGUGCCGACGGAAGGGUUCGAAGCGCUACUCUCCAGACAAUCUGUGGAAUCUAUGAAAGACCUGCUGCUAAAAUAGCCGUUCUAGAUCUGAAAAGCUCGGUACAUCCCAAUCGGCAGGAUAUACCAGGGGGAGUGUUACGAACAGUCUGGCAGCACGGUCAGGAUAGAUCCCACUGUGGCUCAAAAGCAACAUUGAAUACGUGUCGAUCGGUGAUUGGUCGAUGA